ACGCUAUUUUAAGUAGGCCUAUAUGUCUUUUACUUUAAAUAGAUGCGUGUGAAUUGUACUCAUUUCCUGAAAUUCCUCAUGGUUAUUCAGUAACAUCUGUUAAUUAUUGUUUCUCAGUAUUAUCUCCCUGCAUUUGACAGUUUUGUAGUCUACUUGAAUGCAUGCUAUCGUGUACAGACCAAAGGCAAAUGUGUAACCUACCCUUUGUAUGUAGGGUUUUGUUGUUAUAGCCAAACUUUGCCAUUGUAUUAGUUUACUCGUGGUAAUAACAGUCACAUAGGGUAACAACACAAUAUGAGGCAUGCAUAUACAGGUGGUACAUUUCCAGCGAAGAUCCCCUAUCUCUUGAUCUAUUGUUUUCGCCCCAUGAUGAAAUCGAGGAGGGGACUGUGAAUGUGUGUCGGUCCACCCGUCCGUUCGUUUAGUCACACGCGAUAUCUCGGACUGUACUGAAAAUAAUAUUUGAUGAAACUUCGGUGAAUUAUGCGUUUUGCUAUAGAGAUCCGGCAUUUACAAAAUUACACUGAUUGGCCCAAUGCGGGAGCUAUAGUAAUUGGAAUUAAUGAAAUUGAUUAGUGAAGUUAAUUCUGUAUCUUUAUGACAGUGGUUGUGAAUCACAAAGAUACAGAAUUGUUAAUUCCUUCAUGUGAUGUGGCCACAGUGCAAUAUGGCUUCAGUAAUAAAGAAAAUGGAGGAAGGCAAGUAGCUUUGUGUUCUAACAGCGGAUAUUGAAUCGGAGCCAUGUAGUGCAAACAAAAGGUUUUCCCACACACACACACACACACACACACACACACACACACACACACACACACACACACACACACACACACACACACACCCCCACCCAUAGACGCCUACACCUGCUGAGAGUGGAAAAUAAAUCUCUCUCACACAGUGCUGGAGUUCCUGUGUCUCUGACAGUUUGCUUUUCUCCCAGCAUCGGACCGCGAUGAUGCUAGGUGCGUGUGAUUGAGUGUGUCUCUCUUCAGGGACUGCGUCUGCCUGCGACCACCAUUGACCGUGACACUCGCCCGAAGUGUGUCGCCUCACACACACGGCCACACUCAUCAUGGCAGCGGAGUGUGUUCCGGAGGGGCCCGACCUUAAGGAGAUGGGCGACGAAGAUGUAUGGGAGCUGAUCAACGACAACCGCCAUCGUAUCUCCCUGGGUGUGAAACCAUGUAUGUUGAUCCCCUACCUGCGCCAGGCCAGGGUCCUCACAGAGAUGGAUGAAGAUGAGAUCCUCUCCAGCCUCAAGCUCACCAACCGCUCCAUGAGGACCAGUCACAUGCUGGACCUGCUGCGUAUCCAGGGGAGGAACGGUGCAAUGGCCCUGCUGGAGAGCCUGAUGAUCCACUACCCCGCCCUCUACACCCAGGUCACAGGCCGCAAGCCCAGCACCGAGCCCUCUGGCUUCAGUGGCCUGAUUAAGUACUCGGACUUGACCGAGUACCUGGUCAGAGCCGUGACAGGGAUGCAGAAAGAGCUGCAGGAGGCUCGGCAGGAGGCCAGUCGGCUGGGGUCCUGUUGCACCUCCCUGGAGGUGGAGCUAGGUCAGACGCUGGAGCAGCAGGAAGAGGCUCGCCGCCUUAAGGCCGACCACGACCGCAUGAGGAAGAACUUGGCUGCCGCGCACCACGACAUCUUGAAGCUGAAGGACGAGAAGUGUGACCUGUAUGCGCGGUACACGGCCGCCAUCGAGGAGAGGUCGGCCGCCAACAUCCACUGUAGCGACCUCAACCUGCAGGUAUAUCAGCUUCAGUUUGAGCUGCGCAAAGCCCAGACAGAGACAGACUUCGAGAGGCAGCGCUCGCUCAAAUGCACCACCCCCAGCGAGACGCAGCAACUGCGGGAAGAGAUUAGCACUCUGAGCAGGCAGCUACUGGUGGCCGAGAAAUUCACCCCGGCGCGUGAGGAUAUCCUGGCCCAAGAUCUGGCUGAGGCGAUGGAUGGCCGUAUGGAGCUGGCUGAGCAGCUCAGGUGCUACAGAGAGGAGAAUGAACAGCUGGCCCGCGAGAGGCGGGAGAUGGUGGAACAUAAGGAGUGUCUGGCGCUGCAGGUUCAGAAGCUGACUCUGGACUGUGAGAUGUACCAGCAGAAGAGUACUGUUAUACAGAGCCAACUGAGGGAGCUACAGGCAGAGAGAAACCACGCGUACCUGUCCAGAGACGAGGCCCAGGCCCAGAUAGCCAGGAGCCUGGCUGAGAAGGACACGCUGCGCAGCCAACUGGUGGAGCUCCAGGAGGUCUUCACCCUCAGGGCCUGGGGGGCCUACCGAGGAGGCCCCGACACACCAGGGGAGAGGAAGUUUAGCUGGGAGAGCCAGGGCUCCAGCAGUGACAGCCUCCCCUCCAGCCCCCCACCUCGUCCCCGCCUCCGCCGCAUGCAUGCAAUUUACCCUGAUUCCUUGAGAGGAUGCAGUAUAAAGAGUGGUGAUAAUACUCCAAGUAGUGUCCGGUCCCAAAAUGUGGAGCCUCCAUGCCCAGAGUCACUGCGGAGACGAGAAGAGACCCUAUGGUACAAUCGAGACAGCUCAGAGACGGCUGAAUGUGACGUCUUACUUGACAAUGACUUUGUGUUCUUCCCCAGUGGCAAAGAGGUUGAGCAACCUGUUAUGUCACCCACACCUUCCUGCCAAAGCAACAACAGUGAUGGUCUCUCCAGGGCAUCAGCCCCCCCGUUCCUGCUGCGCUCCCGGCCCCGGGCCAUGCGAAUCACGGGCCGAGUCCUGACCAUCUCCUUCCAGGGGGAGGCGCUGCUGAGCCAGCUGCAGGUGGUGGGGGGUAACAAGACGGGCGUGUUCGUCCACCAGGUCACUGAGGGCUCUGCCGCCAACACAGUGGGCAUUAGUUCGGGGGCACAAAUACUGGAGGUGAAGUAUGAGCAGGCUCAGCAGGCUCUAAGGAUGGUUCUGGAGGACUCCACCCUGGAAGAAGCCAUGUGGGCUCUGGGGCAGGUCCGAGGCUUCUGCCACCUCUCCCUGAGGCCCAACCAAAAUGCCUAUGAGAAGCUCCUGCUCCAGCUGCAGAGUGGCGAGGCCUUGUCAGGUGACUCCUUCUACGUGCGUGUCAACAUGUCGUUACCCGGGGGCUCGCAGGACGCUCUGACCGUUUCCUGUAACGACAUCCUCCACGUCACAUGCACCCGCCCAGCGGGCGCUGACUGCUCCUGGAGGGCCAGCCACGUCCACCCUUGCCAACUGCUGGACCUCAAGACGGGCAACUUGCCCAACUACUACAGGGCCCAACGCCUGCUGAUCAGAGCUAUCGAGGACAUGAGCUUCCAACCCAUGACACUUAGAAAGGCCCAGGACAAGAAGAAGACUGUGAGGAUCGUCAGUACGGGUAGACAGGGGAGGAAUCCUCUGUGGGUCUGUGUAGAAGACAGCAAGGACAAGAGCACUGGGCCAGGGGAUGCCUCUGCACCCAGAAGCUGUUUGACCCUCAUGCCCUACACCCUGGUCACGCCCCACUACCCACCCGUCUGUCGUCCGGUCCUCCUACUACCCACAAUCCUCGGCCGUGUCCUGGAUCAGAAGCUGGCCGAGUGGCAGGGCUUUCAGUUGUGUGAGCCAGAGUUAUUGAGUUCCAGCGAGCAUGCUGCCAGGCUGCAGAGGUCUGAGGUGCUGGAGGAGUGUGAACAGGGGGGUCAGCGGUGUUACACCCUGCAGAGUGUUGAGAGGGUCAUGAAGCAGGGUACCCACUGUGUGCUGCCUCUAGGCCUGGACUGUGUACGCCGCCUCCACAGGGCAGAGAUCUUCCCCAUCAUCAUCUUCAUCGGCCAUUCCAAGUGCAGAGCACGCAAACUCAAGUCUAAGGUGCAGCGUCAGGGCUGGUCCGAGGAGCAGCUGCUGGAGUGUUCUCGCAGCGAGGAGUCCCUGCUGGACAAGCUGCCCUGCCUCUGCCGCAGCGUCAGCCCUGACUCAUGGUACGACAAAACCACUCUGCUCACCACCCUGCGCUCCAUCAUCUGGGAGGAGCAGAAGAAGAUUGUGUGGGUGGAGCCUGAUUUGUGGUGAUUUUCGGGCAUCAGAGGCAUCAAUGUGAAGUUUAUUGAUGAGGUACUGGCGGCUAAAUUGGAUGUCUUUGAAUUCCUUUAUUUGUAAAAUAAAUGAUUUGGAAUAUUUGUAAAUGGAUCAAACGGAGAAGGGUCCCAAUAGGCAUUGCAUACCUGGGCAUUAUGAGACAAGGGAAAUUGAUUGUGUAUGCAUGUGUAUCUAUGAUAGCUACCUAUACACAUGAAUUAUGUAAUGAAGGUAGUAGUAUGAGUAUGAAGGUAGCAUGAUGAGAUGUACCAGCACUUUGGUUUAGCUUCAUUAAGUUCUUGUUGUUUUUCCCAACCUAUAUUUACUUGUAUUGUGUUUGGGAACACUUUUUCAAUUAUCUUUAUUAUCAUAAAGAUAUUAUACUGUGUCUUGUAUUAUAUACUGUAUAUAUAUAUAUAUAUAUAUAUAUAUAUAUAUAUAUAUAUAUAUAUAUAUAUAUAUAUAUAUAUAUAUAAUGUACUGUAUUAUAUACAGGAUUUCAACAAACCUGUGAAACCAUAGCCGUACCCAAGUCACACCAGAAAUGUAAUGUAGGCAUUCUAGUCAGACUAUGUUGACUAACUGUCAGACAGUUUUAAAGUUUCCGUACAAUGAGGGAUUUAAUGACCUAUUCUGAAGUGUGCAACUCAAAGUGGGGUUAAAGUCUAAUGAUAGUAGGCAUUAUAUGGAUUUAGGUUGGAACUUGUUUUUAAAGCAGUGGUAUUCAAAGUCUGGGCUAGGGACCCCUGUUGGGGUCAUGGGGGAACUGCAGUUGGGGUCGCCAAAAUAAAACGAUUAAUAAAAUAUAAAAAUGAAGAGUACAGAUUAUUUUAUUCGACAAUAUACAAACGUGAGAAAGGUCAUUUAAAAAAUAAAAUUGUAUUGAGUCAAUGUAUUUAUUGAUUUAUUUUCAUUUUGAUGAGAUAUGAAAAUGCAAUAAAUUGAAGGUUAUUUGAUUUACAGAUUUUAAGGUUGUGUCAAUACAUUUGGGUUGGGGUUGCGAGAAAUGAUUGAGGGGAAAAUGGGGUCCUCAGAAAUGUUUUGAAUAACACUUUUUUAAAGGGUGACAAAGUAACUGGUAUUACACGAUAUUAUGAUGUUGUUGUAUUUUAUGAUAUAUACAAUGACUACACAGAGCUCAGGUAUCAUUGACCCUCAGUCACUCACUCUAGGAAUGAGAACGAAGAAUUGUCAGAGAUUUUCUCCUGUGCAACGCUUAGGUCUACUUGAUUAGGCCUACUUGAUUAGGCCUACUUGAUUAGGCCUACUUGACUACUUCCUCUCUUUAUGAUCUUUCCCUGCCCUCCUAAAUAACCACCUGGUACAGUAUUAGGCACUGUCCCUGAGCCAGCUGUCUAAAACCUACUUAUUGUGUUAUGAGAUGUAUAUGCAUGUGUUAUAUCAGUUGUGUCAUCAUUUUUUGGUAAGAAUGUUUAUGAUAAUUGCCAUCCUAGAUAUAGGCUAUGCAAUUAAUUAACAGAUGGUGGUGGAUUAGAGUUAUGGCAAUAUUUUUUUUAAUUUUGUGUGAUUAAACAUUUUUAUAAUGUUUGUCUUGCCAUCCGAUUGUUGUAAAAUGUGUUUACAGAUGCAUUACAAUCUUUUGAAAAUACUAUUAUAAAAUAUGUAAUUAUUUUGUAACUAAAUACAUUUUUAUCAUACUAUUACUUUCGUAUUUGCACAUUUAUGUCAAAGCAAAGUCCUCAGGAAGAAUAUAUGGUUUGGUUUCUUUCAAAUGUCAUCAUUAAUUUUGCUAACUCCUGCAGUUAAUUAUCCUUUAAGCUUGAAGUGUGUGUGAGUGCACCAGGUACAUUUGAACGGUUGAUGCUCCAAUGUAACCAGCAGAGGGGGCAAGAUUAAAAGGGAACGUAGGCAACCCGCA